AAAAAGUCAAAAGUUCUUGUUUUGGUUUUCAUUCAAGCAGUCGCAUUUUCAUUUUCCUCCACGAAUCAUUUCGUCGCAAACUAAUGGACUAAAAUUUUAUCUUCGCAAGCAUUUUUAAUCAGUGAUCUAUUUUUACCAAAACAGUUAAUUUGUUGAUAUACAAACAAAGUGCGUUAAAAAAAGUUUUGAAACGACGUUUUAACCAGCUAUGCAAUGAAUAUUCAAGAAGGCCUCAUUGCUACAUUUUCCAUUUUUGCUUCGCUGCUCAUUGUGAUCAUCGUCGUUUGCCUGGGCUGGUUCCUGGUCUGGAAGUUGUUCCUUUCCCGCUUUAAAUUGGUCCGGGAGCUGCUCAGCUCGGCACAGUCGGCUGAUUCGCCCACCCACCUAGAAGGUUCAUCGGAAGCCAAAUCGCGCAACAAUAGAAAGGUCCGACGAGAUUAA